CUUCGGAUAACGUUGUUCAUUUGCGUGGGCGGGCUGCUGUUAUGCCCUCCGAAGCGUUUUAGAAAAAAAGACACAAGACCUCUUGGGCCCUUUUCAAAUGUUGCUCCAGAAUUUCCGAUUUUCAACUGCACGAGCAAUAUAUAAGUGCUUAAAACACACCGACUUGAUUUGUUGCAAUCGCGCACUUUUAUUUACGUUUUCGCACUCUUGAAAACUCGUGCGAUAGUCCCAGUGGUGAACUAAAAUUGAAAUGCGCUAUUAUCAAUUUGAAAGUUCGAUCGAAAGUUCAAAAAUCGAGCCAAAAUGAUGCUAACCAUUUUGAUGUUAAACACGACAACACUACAUCAGUCCACUGUUCUACUGAGCACACGAGACAAACGGCGAAGUGAGAAACAAGACAACCAAGCACGCAAAAACCAACCGCGGGAAUUCGCCCGGCGCCCGUCUCGGCGCCGUAUCAUCUGUCAAAAUGCACAAGUGACAACACGAAAGAUGUUUACUCACACCGGUUGUUGUUGAUUUUUCCAAAUUUGUAUAGAAAUUUCCCUGAAAAUACACAAUUUAACGUAUCAAAAUGAACUGCAUCAUCACCGGGAGGAAUAUGAAAAUCCUCGCCCGAACGGUGAAUUUCUUCUCCAAAAUCGGAACGGAGUUGUAUUUGGAGGCACUGCCAACGGGGCUGUCGCUGAAGGCCCUCAAUUCAAUAAACACCGCUUACGUGGUGACCAACUUUGGAUUGAAGUAUUUUAUUAGCUUCCGCCAGGGAGCAAACGACCGCUUCGAGGAGAACAACUGCAAGGUGUCGAUCAAACCGAUGUUGAAGAUAUUCAAGCGGCUGGGGACGAUUCAGAUCUGCAAGAUCUGGAUACAGGUAAACCGGAAGAAGAUUGUCUUUCAGUUUCAGUGUAAAUCGGAUAUCUUGAAGACUCAUAUUAUUCCGCUGCUGGAACAUGAGCACAUCAAUUCGCUGCGAUUGCCGGAAAGCUUCGCUAAUAAGGUGGUGGGGGACCACAAGGUGUUCAACAAAGUUCUGAUGCACUUCCAUAGGAAUGUUAAGGAAGUUACUUUCGAUGUGAAAAGUGAUGAAACUGUAGUGUCUAAUUAUAUUGAGAAUACCAGUAGGGAUCGGACCACGAUGAGGUCAUCCCUAUCGAUCGAAAGCACUGCCUUCAAGUUGUACGAUUUGGAGUCCCCUUCCAGUAUAACGUUCUGCUACAAGGAAUUCAAAGCUAUGGCCAACUAUGCCGAGCAGAAUCACAUGACGGUGGAAAUGAACUUUGACCAGGCCGGGGGACCCCUGAUGAUCCGGAUGAAGAAGGACGACGUCCUGCAGAUUCGGUUCAUAAUGGGCACGAUGAGACCCCGGCUGGAGAAGCAGAAUCGAAGCGUGCAGCGGGCGAAUCGAAAGCUGGACGAUCAACUGGGACAGAACAAAGCGACUCCCACGAGAAAGGCAGACAGCGAACGGAUCGAUACCUGUCGGACGUCUAUCACUCAGGACAGCGAUCGAACGCAAAUGCCCGACUCGGAAUCGAGAAACAGCUGCCUACGAGGCGACGACACUCGUCACGACUCAGAAUUGGCCCCGGUCGCGCUCCAGCAAACUCCCCAGGCAAGACGCAGCGAGGUACCAUCCCGGAUGACUUCCGACAAACCCAACCGAGAAACGUUCCUAGACGGGUUGAACACUCUUUCGACGUCCUCCUCGGUGGCCUUUGGUCUGCACCCACCAGCCGUUCCACUACCGAACAAUCCGCCCCUCCGGACCGAAGACGACCCGGAAUCGUACGACAUAGUAUUCGCCGGCAAUUCCAACGAUCCCAAUUCCGAGAGCCAACAAGGUGUGCAAAUUCCGGCCUCCAGCAAGCGCAGGGUCGAUUCCCAGGGCAAACCUAACGCUAAAAGACCGAACUUAUCGCAGCUUCGUUCGGAAGCACUGUUCACCGGAGCAGCGGCGGGAGCAGCUCAGCCUCUGGCGGCGUCAACAUCCUCCCGGCUGGCGAUUAACAUUCCCGAGAGUGUUCCGGAAUCACCGGAAGUGAUUGCCGAGCGCAAGCGAAAAGAGGAACGGAUGCGGCACGUGUUCCGCAAGUGCUUCGAGGAUACUUUUGAUCCACGCAAGGUCGGCACCAGUACAGCCGUUUUCGCCGAAAAUUCCGAUCCGGAGGAUAAUUAGUAGGUUCUGCUUUUAUGGAAAUCGGGCGUUGUAUAACCCUAGUUGUUGCUAAGUUUGUUUGGGUAUAAGGAAUAAAACAGUAAUCAACUUUCCUUCAAAUUGAUGUGUGUAGAUAAUAGAAAGAAUCAAUCCUUUUUCAAGACCAUUGAUGACAUAAAUUAUUACGAUUGAAUGAAUACCUUUUUUAUUUCUUUUCGGGUCUGUCACUGCGACCAGUUAUCAGACCUAUUGUGACAUUACCAGUAUCCUUAGUGUAGUGCAUAAUGCAUUACUCCAUUGCAAAUGAAGGGCAAUAAAAUAUAAAUUUCGUUACGUUCUGUUCUCUUAGAACCUUCAAAAGCUACCAAAUUUAAAGAUAAUGACACACGAUUUAAACUAAGGAAUCCCCGAAUGAUUUCAGAGAGGAAUCUAAGAAGGAAUUCCAGGAGCAGUCUUGGUAGAGAUCACAGUCAUUUGAACCUUUUCGUCGAUAUUCGGCCUCCUUUGUCUCCGACAUUCGCCACACAAGCAAUCAAACUACAGUACGAAACAAAAAUGUCAAACGAAUGCACUUCACCACGAUAGCGUCUUCUGGAGACGGUUCAGCUUUUGUUAUUCCGGUCUUCUUUCAUAAUGAGAGCUGUGUUGGCCAAAUGUGUUUCGUAUUCAAUGCAACAUGCAAUAAUAAACCAAUACUAACAUUCAUAAUCGGAAUUUAAUGAAAAUUUAAGCGAAAAGCUAGGAUUAGACAAAUGCCAUCGUGUCAAACGACAUUGAUUUGACGCUUCCUUAAUUUUAUUGAACUUCGUUCUACCACUCGUGUUGUGUGUAACGAAUCGAAGGUAGUGAAAAGUGUCGAAUUUUUACAAGACUGCCAGGAGGAGCCUAAAAGAAACUCCCGGAGGAACCCAUGAAGAAAAUACAGGACUAAUCUCUGCAGGAAUUGCUGUAUGAGACCCUGAAGGAAUUUCUGCAGGAAUCUGGUGGAUC